AUGGACACCAGCUCUGCAAAAACCGAUGGCGUCUCCGUUACCAGGCUCCCUCAGCACGUGGCAGUGGACCCAAAGAAGGCUACACCCGACGAUGCCUCUAUCCAAUCGCCAACCCCCCCAUAUAGUGUUAUGUCCGAAAGCGAGAAGAUUUUUACCAUCGUUCUCUGCUCCGCAGUAAACUUCCUCAGCCCCGUGGCCGGCAACAUGUACUAUCCCGCCCUAGGACCUUUAGCCAGAGACAUGAACGUGUCGAAAAGCACGAUGAACUUGACGAUCACGGUGUUUAAGGUUGUUCAAGGAAUUGCGCCAUUACUGACGGCGACGAUUGCCGAUCAAAACGGUCGUCGACCAGUUGUUCUUAUCUGUCUAGUUUUAUUCCUCGGCAGUAACAUAGGUCUAGCGCUUCAAACAAACUUCGCUGGACUCAUGGUACUGCGUUGCGCCCAGAGCUUUGGCAGCAGUAGUGGCUCAGUCGUCGCAAAUGCCGCGGUGGCUGAUCUCGUCACACGCGGAGAGCGAGGGAAAUACAUGUUUUAUUCCUCGCUGGGGAUGGCCAUUGGGCCUGCUGUCGGGCCCAUUCUCGGCGGAGUCAUCGUCCAGUUUCUAGGGUGGCGAAGUUCCUUCUGGUUUCUGGCCAUUAUUGCCGGGGUGAUUGUUCUACUAAUGGCUAUGUUCCUGCGUGAAACCUGUCGUGCUGUCACUGGAAACGGGAGUAUCCCACCACAGCGAUGGAAUAGGUCUAUCUUGCAGAUGGUCAAGGUAAAGAACGGGCCGACCCCAAACCAUGCAACCCGGACUGUCUUCAAGCGUCGACCGAGCCUGCUCGAUGUGUUGAAGAUCGUGAUGCAUCGUCACAUCGGACUCCUAGUCCUCUGCAGCACACUGCGUUUCAGCGGGUCGAUAGCAGUCCUAGGAACGCUGCCAGCACUCCUAGAGCGAAAAUACCGUUACAACCCUCUCCAGAUUGGGCUGUGCUACAUCCCCUUCGCUGUCGGGGGUAUCGUCACCCGUUGGACAGUGGGGACCGUGACCGAUUGGAACUAUCGGCGCCAUGCGCAGCGAAACGACGUAGAAGUUCGACCCAACGAGCAGCAGGAGCUGCGGGACAUACCCAUUGAAAAGGCCCGACUGCAAAUUACCAUCCCCCUCAUGUACCUGUCGUCCUGCUCCGUUCUGGCCUAUGGCUGUACCAUGAGCUACGAUGUGCAUAUCGCAGCCCCUCUCGUAUUUUUAUUCCUGCUGGGAAAUACGGACGCAGGUGUUACUAACACUCUGAAGAUGCUUGUGAUGGAUCUGCAUACCUCCCGGCCGGCUACUGCAACGGCAGCCAUGAACAGCUUUAAGAAUCUUGUGGGCGCUGGAUCGGUUGCUGCUGCCUUGCCACUGAUUAAUGCUAUCGGAAUUGGAUGGGUAGGGACGAUAAUCUGUUUCUUGUGGCUUCUUGCUACUCCGGCGUUGUGGAUUCUGUAUUUCAAGGGACAUGUUUGGCGACAGCGGCAGGAGGUGCAGGUAUACGAUUGA